GCUUACUUCAACACCAUUUUUGCUUCAUUCUCGUCUCCACUCUUCGUCCCCUCCAGUUUCAUCCGUCAAACCCUAGAGAUAGAGAGGGCGAGAAAAUGGUGGAGAAGACGAAAGGAAGAAAAGAGGAGGUGGUGAGUCGUGAGUACACCAUCAAUCUUCACAAGCGCUUGCAUGGAUGUACCUUCAAGAAGAAGGCUCCAAAAGCCAUCAAAGAGAUCAGGAAGUUUGCACAGAAAGCCAUGGGGACCACAGAUGUUAGAGUAGACGUGAAGCUAAACAAACACAUCUGGAGCAGGGGUAUCCGAAGCGUCCCAAGGCGGGUCAGAGUUCGCAUUGCCCGCAAGAGGAACGAUGAUGAAGACGCAAAGGAGGAGCUCUACUCUCUUGUUACUGUUGCAGAAAUCCCACCAGAGGGGCUGAAGGGUCUGGGUACCAAGAUCAUUGAAGAUGAUGAGGAAUGAACAUCGAGUUUUUUGUCAGUUUUGAAUGUUGUGAGACAAAGUAGUUUGUUAUAGUAUUUUGUUCAGCGUUGCUUGGAUCAUCGAGUAUGAUGUCUUUUUUUCUGCUCUAGUAGUCGACUAUUAUUUUAGUGCUUCUACUUUGCAUGAUUUCCCCUCUAUGCCAGCAGAUUAUAAAGGAAAUAUUAUAAUUUUGUAGGACUUACAAUGUGCU